AUGGUUCUCGCAAAGUCCAAAAACUCCGUGGGGCUGGGCAACAGCCUCAUGAAGGAUCGUUUCGGAAAGGGAAAGGCGUCGAACAUGAAGAAAGCCUCGCACAAUCAAGCCGUCGCACGGAAGGACAUGAACGGAGAGACAUACAUCACCAAUGCGAAGGAGGAUGCCGCCUGGGUGAAGAUGCGCAGUAUCACGGAACAAGCCGCUCUCGACGAGUUCCUGAGCACCGCUGAACUGGCGGGCACCGAUUUUACCGCUGAGAAGAUGAACAAUGUUAAGAUUAUUCACGCCGAUCAGAAGAACCCUUAUCUCCUGUCCGCGUCCGAGGAGAAAUCCGCUGUGAAGAAGCACCAGAAGAACAGAGGACGACUGACCGUUCCGAGACGACCGAAGUGGGAUUCGACGACCACACGGCAACAGCUCGAUGUUAUGGAGAGAGAGAGUUUCUUGAGCUGGCGCAGAGGACUGGCUGAGCUCCAGGAGAAUCAUGAUUUAUUGAUGACACCGUUUGAGCGGAACUUGGAAGUCUGGCGACAGCUUUGGCGUGUCAUUGAACGGUCUGAUCUGGUCGUGCAGAUUGUCGAUGCUCGAAACCCAUUACAUUUCCGGUCGGAGGAUCUUGAGUCUUACGUGAAGGAGAUUGAUCCCAAGAAAGAGAACCUUCUACUGGUCAACAAGGCAGAUAUGCUCACUGAGAAGCAACGAGAGGCCUGGGCAGACUACUUCGAUCGCAACAACAUCAGCUUCCGGUUCUUUUCGGCCCAGCUAGCGAAGGAGAAAAUUGAAGCACAGCUUGCGGAAGAGGGCGACAGCGAGGAUGAAGAGGUUGCGGAGAAGCUGGCGGAGACAACAAUCGAAGAACAGUCUACUGAGGCGCCACAGGAGGAGCAUGAUGGAGGAUUGAAACUUCCUGGCUCGAGCAGAUCCCGGAGGACGGAAAUUCUCGACGUUGAUGAGCUCGAAGAACUCUUCCUUUCCAACACCCCUGAUACUCUUCCCGAAAACGACGACCCAGAGAACCCACGCAAGCAAAAGACCGUCAUUGGUCUUGUCGGUUACCCUAACGUCGGUAAAUCCAGUACAAUCAACGCCCUUCUCGGAGCCAAGAAGGUCUCGGUGUCCGCUACGCCCGGUAAGACGAAGCACUUCCAGACCCUUUACCUCUCGCCGGAGAUCAUGCUCUGCGAUUGCCCCGGUCUGGUGUUCCCCAACUUCGCCACAACCAAGGCCGACCUGGUUGUCAAUGGUGUCCUGCCCAUCGACCAGCAACGUGAAUUCACUGGCCCAGCAACCAUCAUCGCCCAGCGCAUCCCCAAGCAUUUCCUUGAGAACGUCUACGGAGUCACCAUCCAUACCCGCCCCAUCGAAGAAGGCGGCACCGGCGUCCCCACCGGCAGUGAGCUUCUACGCGCCUAUGCCCGGGCCCGUGGCUUUUCCACUCAAGGCCUGGGCCAGCCCGACGAAUCCCGCGCCGCCCGAUACGUCCUGAAGGACUACGUCAAUGGCAAACUUCUCUUCUGCCACCCACCCCCGCGCACCUCCCCCGCGAGGCGACAAGAACAGCUCCUCAAGGCGAUGCAUGCAGAGCAAAUGGCCGAGGACAUCGACGCCGACAUCCUCUCGCUGCCUAAGCAACCCGUACAAGGCUCCCGCUCCCGCAACCUCGAUACUGGCUUCUUCGGCGACGCCUCGAAAGGAUCUGCCGGCCGUCUCACCCUCCCGUUCAACGCCCAGUACACCGAACAAGGCCAGCAGAUGCGCCAACAGCUGACCGGCCGUAAGGAGCGGCUGAUGGUCGCCCUGGAACGUGGCAUCGACGUGACCGAGGUCCGAGGCGGUAGCUCGAAGAAGCAUUUCAAGGGCAACAAGAAGCAGGCGAAGAAGAAGCGCGCCGUCACCGCGGACGAUGAUUACUGA